AAUUUUUUCCGCGAGCAGAACCACGUCCCGUCCACAAAUAUUGGCAGUGAUCCCGUGUAUUUUACAACAACAUAUGCAUCUUCGACCGAUGUAAUAUUAACAAAUUUUUUUAAAGUUACGGCCAAAUAUGACAUAACCUCUUUGAAACAGUGUUAGAAGUGAGUGCGCACCAUGGGGCUCAUGCUCUCCGUGUUAGUGUGUUGUGUUGGUGUUAUAGAACUGAUUACCUUCUACCAUAACAUCACGAGACAUUUCACCGAUCCUCCUCAGCGUGGUGAUCUUUCUACCGUCAGCGACCGAUACAUACAUGAAUUAGGUGGUAUCAGAAAACGAAUAGCGGAAGACUUGCAGAAGUACCAGGAGCAAUCACAAUCAACUCCAACUUUGCGUCUCAACAGCCAUGAAGACAUCGAAAUAGAAUACAGUGAGGAGCUGCAGAGGUCGCGGUCUCCGAGUCCAAGAAGGUUUUUGGUCACGGAGAAAGAGGAUCCCCAAGGAGAAAGCAACUCACCGAGAAAAUUCUUGAUAUCGGAAGAACCCAACGGUUUGAAGAGGAGCAAGUCUCAGGAUUCGAUACCGGAAUUUUUAAUACACGAGGAACAAAAUACUGAGAAGUCGUCACACAAACCAAGGUAUAUUCUAAAAGAAAAACAAACGGAAGAAUCCCCUUUGCCAUUACCCAGGCAAUUCAUUGUCUCCGAAGAAACUCUCAACACCGUGGUUUUUGAAGAUACAGACUUCGAAGUACCAGCAUCGUCAGUAUUCCAUGACAAGUCACCAUCUCCCUUCUUAACAGUAGAACCGCCCCAUGUUCCACGAAAUAGUAUCUGCAACGAACUCGACAGAGAAGAGGAAGAAGAAGAAGCUCUGAAAGCAAUUCCUCCUCAUCAGAGCCAGAAGGUGGACGUUAUUUUAGAGAACACUAGUCAUAACACUACCCAGUAUUGGACGAACAAGGUACUAGUUGUUCCUAGCGGUACUUCUAGUUCAAGAUCAAGAUCGAUAUCUCCAGAUAGAAGUACUAGUAGCGAUACUAGAGAAAAUAUUGACAAUUCCACUAAAUAUGAUGAGAAGUACUUAAACAAUCUUGAUGGGGUUAGUAAGGCAAAGAGUAUAAAGAGGUUUGGGUCAAGCAGGAAGUCUGUCAAACGGAAAACUGUAGACCAUAACCAGAAUAGCCAAAACUGUUUGGAUCAGAAUUCUUUGGAUUCCGUGGAUACCCUGGAUACCACGGCUGUGCUUACCCAUGCAGCGGAAGAAUUAAAGAAAGUCUCAUCCGAAGAAGAAGAAAUCGGUACUUCCAAGACUUCUGACGGCAAAAAUCCUCAACCUAAACCUGGAGAGCCUUUUUGGUUAAUUUUCAGUGGAGAAUACACCAAGGCUAUGAACAAGGACUGGCACGGCCAACAUUUCUGCUGCUGGCAAUGUGACGAAAGCCUUACUGGCCAACGCUAUGUUCUCCGCGACGAACAUCCAUACUGCGUCUCCUGCUACGAAUCAGUCUUCGCCAAUGCUUGCGAAAAAUGUAGCAAAGUCAUCGGUAUCGACUCUAAGGAUUUGUCCUACAAAGACAAGCAUUGGCAUGAAGCCUGCUUCCUCUGCACUACCUGCGGAGAGUCCCUGGUAGACAAACAGUUCGGAUCUAAAGGUGAUAGGAUCUACUGCGGCAACUGCUACGACCAACAGUUCGCCUCCAGAUGCGACGGAUGCCACGAGAUCUUUAGAGCUGGUACCAAGAAAAUGGAAUACAAGACCAGACAAUGGCAUGAGAAGUGCUUCUGUUGUUGUGUAUGCAAGGUACCAAUCGGUACCCAGAGCUUCAUCCCUCGUGAACAAGAAAUCUACUGCGCCAAGUGUUAUGAAGAAAAAUUCGCAACUCGCUGCAUCAAGUGCAACAAGGUGAUCACCAGUGGUGGGGUAACUUACAAGAACGAACCCUGGCAUAGGGAAUGCUUCACUUGCACCAACUGCCAACGCAGCUUAGCCGGUGAACGCUUCACGUCCCGCGACGACAAGCCUUACUGUGCCGAAUGCUUCGGCGAACUCUUCGCCAAGCGCUGUACCGCUUGCAGAAAGCCCAUCACCGGUAUCGGCGGCACCAAGUUCAUCUCUUUCGAGGAACGCCACUGGCACAACGAUUGCUUCUUCUGCGCUUCCUGCAAGACCAGCUUGGUCGGACGCGGAUUCAUCACCGAUCAGGACGACAUCAUCUGUCCGGAUUGCGCCAAGACCAAACUUAUGUAAAUCCGUUGACAGGUGUCAACGAGAUCGCGGCUGUCAACUGUCAUCGAUGCCAUAUUGUUGACAGCUGUCAACGAGGUUGUGAGGUUGGGAAAUUUGACCUGUAGGUUGACAAAAAUCUCAGAAUACUAAAUACUUUUAUUUGUUUUAAAUAAUAAACGACAUCAAAUAUUAAAUAAAAGUAAUUGUAAUCAUUUUGUAUUUACAACGUAUGGAAAAUACAUUCUUGUUCAUGUGGGUCACAUAUCAAUUGUUUAGGGAGAAUAUUGUAAAAAAAACGUACAUAUCAAAGUCAAAAUCAAUGAUUUUGUCAACCUACUAACAGAUUUUUGAGUGUUAAAUCAAAAGAUAUGGAUUUUUCUAUUUAAAUUACUGUGAAUAUUUUUUAAAGUAAUGUCACACAAACACACACUAUCGUACACUCUAGCGGCGAAAUUGGGUACCAUUUUUUAGUUGUAAAAAACAGUACUUAAUUCCCCAAACACACACACAAAUUCACGCACACAUGACAUUUUAUAAACAGAAAAAAUUAAUGAAAAAAUUUAUUAAAAAAAAGGACAAAUCAGGUACGACGGGUUAAAUAACAUAAACUAGCACAUGUAUUCUGUCUCUAAAGGACUUCAGGACAUCUCCAUUCAUUAUAUUCCAACGAAUUUCCUUGUCCAACGACAUUUCUUUCUUCUGUUAUCAAAUUCGUACAGUUUUUGGCACCAUAUCAUUGCGCAUGACCUUAGUCAUCUCAGCCUGUUCUUUUUUUUGCGAAUAGGCUUGAAGUGCAAAGUUAAAUGAGUCUUUGAAACGUCCUGCUGUAAAGGUCUUUAUAUGAGUACCGUUUUACCUGUAUGUUCAGUAAGUAUUAAAUUUUUUAACCACAAUUUUGAGGAGCAAGUCCAAUUUUGAGUCAAGACCAUAACCAACUAAUUUUUACGCUAUUGCUUAUGAUCUGUCGGUAAAAAUGUUCACUUACCCCGUCGUACCUACAAAUUUUAUUUUAUUUUUUUGAAUAUGUUUAACUUUUAAAGUUUUUGACAAUUUAGUUAUGUAUCUAUCGUUAAUUUCUUAUUUAGUUUAUUGUCAGAGGUCUAUUAAUUUAGAAUGCUUAUUUAUUUUUAUUUUUUUACAUUUCAAGACUACUACUACUAAUUUUUAAAUCGCUUCUAGCUUUUGAAUUUUCGAUGUAUCACAUAAGUUGGUUGAGCAAUAAAUCGAUUGAUGAUGUAGCCAUAUUCUAAAUAAGUAAAACAUUGCCUUAUUCUGAUAUCGUAUAAUAAGUGUUAAUAUAUCAAAUAAGAAAAUCUGCGACUAAUUCGACAAAACAAUUCAACACCUUAAAUCAAGCUGGCCGUUGCUGUUUAUCGUAAACGAUAAAAGGCCAAAAUCGGUGCGCGUACGACAAACGUCAAAAAUUGGCAUGCCUGCGAUUAACGUCAAGAAUUGGCAUGGCUGCGAUAAACGUCAAGAAUUGGCAUGUCUGCGAUAAACGUCAAAAAUUGACUCGUCAGCGAUAAACGUCAAAAAUUGGUAUGUCUGCGAUAAACGGCAACGAUCUGUAAAGGCUACACAGUUAAAAAAUUAUCGCUUAAAACGUAAUCUAGUUUGCUUUUCUGUGUGGCGCAAACGAGCAAAUUUAGUUGACUAGUUCUUGAAUUUUUUUGUCGACGCAAAUUGUUAGUGGGCGUUAAUAUAUUUUAUUUGUAAUUUAUGGAAACUUUUUAAGCGUUUGUUGUAGAUAAUAUUUUAUGUAUACAGCUUUAUAGCAUUUACAUACGAUGGAAGAGCAAUUUUGGUGCUAUUUGAGUAGUUUAGAAAUUUUGAUUAAUCCUUAAAUGGUUGGAAUCUUAAUUUGGUUGUUGCAUAUUAUUGUAUUUAUCAUUGCUUGGAUUUAUAUUAACGAAAAAAUUGUUAUCGAUAAUUUAUUAGAUGUUAACCAGUUUAAUGUAUAUUUUAAUCUUGUUUUAAGUACUUGUAACCAAUGGGAAUGUUGUGAAAAACAUUUAUUGUUAUAAGAAUCAUUGAAAACAUCAAGAGCUUUGCUUUUAGGGACAUCUGUUAUAUUUUAUUCUUUAAUAAAUUCUUUAAAAAACA